AUCGUAUUAGCGUUAUUCUCUUCUCAGCAUUUAAUUUUGUGCGGCUCCAAGUUUGACCCGUCGGUUUCUCACUGCCCAAAUUAUAGCUCUUCAAGAUCCCCAUCCCACCGCACAAAAUAUCCAGGUCCAGCAAUCAAAACCAAGUUUCCUUCUUCUUUCCCAGCCUUUCACGCCGAGAAUUUCUCCAUUUUUUUCCCCACACACCACGUGUUUGUUUAAAUUUGAAAAAAAAAGUUCCCAGUGAGUGAUCAUAGUUUGUUAGGUAGCUGCACCAAAUCGGCAUACCAUGGAUUCACUCUCAUCUGUCUCCCCGUCCAUAGUUCUCCCUCCCAGUAAUCCCCUCCGUCUUCGCUUCUCUUCUUGCACUACUCAGAUUCGUUUUUCUGCUCUCCCCUCUUCCUUGGCCGGACGGCGUACUAGUAGAUUUCCGCAACUCUACUGUAAAGCCAGCACGGGAAACAAAGAUGAUGAUGAAGGCAACCGAGAAAUUGAGAGAGCCCUUCACUUGGACGGAACCAUUCCUGGGAGUUCUAACGAGUUUGUGAAGCGAGUAUCUUCCCGUGCUUAUGAUAUGCGCAGACAUUUACACCAGACUUUUGACACCAGUAGCUAUGAUGUUCUAGAUGCAAACCCAUGGAGGGAAGCUUCAAAACCUGUAUAUGUAUUAACGCAGCACGAAAACCAGUUAUGCACAAUGAAAACUCGAAGGAAUCGGAGUGAAGUUGAAAGGGAGCUCAGGUUAUUGUUUUCCAAAGGAGGAAAGUUGAGGUCCGAAAUUGGCAAUCAAUCUAAACAGUCCAGAAGUGGAACAAAGUUCCAGAUGCUUGUGGAGGAUGUCAGGGAGGGAGUGCUUGUAUUCGAAGAUGAGAAUGAAGCUGUUCGAUAUUGUGACUUGCUGCAGGGAGGGGGUAAAGGUUGUGAAGGUGUUGCAGAGAUAGAAGCCUCAUCAGUAUUUGAUCUGUGCCAAAAAAUGAGGGCCCUAGCUGUUUUGUUCCGCAAGGGAAGAACGCCUCCUUUACCUCAGAGUCUGGAGCUCAAUCUUAGGGCUCGAAGACGGUCGCUUGAAGACCAAGAGGAGUUGAUGUGAAAGAGAUGAUGCCGAGGAAAUAUGAAGAACAGAAACUAAAUAUUGUAACAUAAAUUCAUUUGUGGGCAAAGUAAAUGUCAUGAUUAUACAAAAGGACGGGCAUUUGGGUUACAUGCAAAAUUAUUAUAAUGCGCAAUUGUAGUGGUUGUUUGAUCUGAUUAAAAUUAAAAAUAAAUCAAUUGAUGUGAUUAAAAGUUUAA